CUUACAUGAUCCGCAUGCCUGUAAUGCCUUAGUUCUAUAUAGCCCACCUGUGUAUACGGAACACGAACGUGUCACUAUGGAUCCUUCGAAAAUGCUGGUACAUGUUGUUGUCGAUCCAAUCCUGAGUAACAUAUUGCGACCGCAUCAACGUGAAGGCGUCAAAUUUAUGUACGAGUGUGUUGAGGGUAAACGGGGACCCUUCAACGGUUGUAUUAUGGCCGAUGAAAUGGGUUUGGGUAAAACUCUACAAUGUGUUACCCUGACUUGGACACUGUUACGUCAAAGUCCUGACUGCAAGCCGACAAUAUCCAAGGCCAUUAUUGUUUGCCCCUCGUCGUUGGUGAAAAAUUGGGAAAACGAAUUUCACAAAUGGCUACAUGGUCGCCUGCAUUGCCUGCCAAUGGAGGGUGGUUCCAAGGAGGACAACAUACGUGCCUUGGAACAAUUUGCCUACAACACCAGCCAACGUUGCGGCACACCCGUCUUGGUGAUAAGUUAUGAAACCUUUCGCAUCUAUGCCGAUAUUUUGUGUCGCAAUGAAAUCGGCAUGGUCAUAUGCGAUGAAGGUCAUCGCCUAAAGAACAGUGAUAAUUUAACUUAUCAAGCCUUGAUGCGUCUGAAAACGAAACGACGUGUCCUGCUAUCGGGUACACCCAUACAAAACGAUCUCACCGAAUAUUUUAGUUUAGUUAAUUUUGUCAAUCCCGAAAUGUUGGGUACGGCCGCUGAGUUUAAGCGGAAUUUUGAAAAUGCCAUACUGCGAGGACAAAAUGCCGAUUCAAGUGAUAAAGAGCGGCAAAGGGCGGUGGAAAAGACCCAAGAAUUGAUUGGCUUAGUUAAUCAAUGUAUUAUAAGGCGUACUAAUCAAAUUUUAACUAAAUACUUACCGGUUAAAUUCGAAAUGGUAAUAUGUGCAAAAAUGACACCUCUGCAGGAGGCGUUAUAUGUGAAUUUUUUGAAAUCGGAUAAGGUGCGGAAAAAUUUGCAAGAUUGCAAUGAAAAGGUUACCUCCCUUACUGCCUUGGCCGAUAUAACAAAUCUGAAGAAAUUAUGCAGCCAUCCGGAUUUGAUAUAUGACAAAGUCUUGGCAAGAGAAAAUGGCUUUGAAAAUGCCCAAACAAUCUUUCCCGCAAAUCAUAGUACCAAAGAAAUAAACCCCGAACUAAGUGGCAAAUUCAUGUUAUUGGAUUUUAUGCUGGCCACCAUACGAACCAAUAGCGAUGAUAAGGUUGUGUUAAUUUCAAAUUAUACCCAAACCCUGGAUUUAUUUGAACAGUUGGCAAGGAAGAGAAAAUAUCCCUUUGUCCGAUUGGAUGGUACCAUGUCCAUUAAGAAACGUAACAAAGUUGUGGAGCGUUUCAAUGACCCCUCGGUGGAUUGUUUCCUGUUUAUGUUAAGCUCCAAGGCUGGGGGUUGUGGCCUGAAUUUAAUUGGUGCCAAUCGUUUGUUUAUGUUCGACCCCGAUUGGAAUCCGGCAAAUGAUGAACAAGCCAUGGCCCGAAUUUGGAGAGAUGGCCAGAAGAAACCAUGUUUUAUUUAUAGGCUGGUGGCGACUGGUUCCAUUGAAGAGAAAAUCCUGCAGCGCCAAACCCACAAGAAAUCCCUAUCGAGCACAAUUAUCGAUAAUAAUGAAAGUGAAGAGAAACAUUUUACCCGAGACGACUUAAAGGAUUUGUUUCGCUAUGAACCGGGGAUCUUAUCGGAUACCCACAACAAGUAA